UGUUAUUCCCAAACGCAACGGAAUAUUUAUCACAACCUAGAGGCCGGUAUAAAAUGAACGGAGCCCGAGUCCCGAGAUCUAGUCGUGAAAAUAACACCGUUAGUUACAGAUCGGGAGAGCAAACGUUACAAAAAUGCGUAAAGUGCGAUACAAUAUUCUGGAGGAGGGUGCCUCCAUGCGGGACGUGAUCGAUUCGGUUGUGGCACAAGGACCCCAAGAGUUUCCGAUUCAUUUGAUUGAUCUGGACGACAUUGUAUCAAAACAUCGAAACUGGCUUACAUUGAUACCGCGAGUGGAACCGUUCUAUGCUGUGAAGUGCAAUGACAAUUCUUCAAUUCUCCGUACGCUGAUGGCUGCUGGAGCUGGAUUCGAUUGUGCUUCCAAAGGAGAAAUUGAAAAAAUGAUGAAGCUAGGCGCUGAUCCUUCAAGAAUCAUUUUCGCUCACACCGCGAAAUCACCUGAAUCCAUCCUUUACGCCAAGGCUUGUGGAAUCCAGAUGAUGACCUUCGAUGGAGAAAUCGAACUGGACAAAAUCAAACAGUUUUAUCCCGAAGCUUCCCUGGUGCUUCGAAUCCGUUACGAUUCUAGCAGUGCUCAAAUUUCUCUGGGAAAAAAAUUCGGCUGCGAUGCAGAUAUCGAAGCUCCACAAUUGCUCCAACACGCCAAAGACCUCGGUCUGUCCAUCAUCGGAGUAAGCUUCCACGUAGGAUCCGGAAAUGACGAUCACGAUUGCUUCUACGGAGCCAUUAAAGCCGCUCGCAAAGUAUUCGACUGUGCUGAAUCCCUUGGAUAUAAUCUAAAUCUACUGGACAUCGGCGGAGGUUUCCCUGGUGAACAUGAUAAACCGAUAGAUUCCUACGCUAGAACUAUCAACAAAGCCCUUCAACGAUACUUCCCAUUGAAAUCCGACGUCCGAGUAAUCUCUGAACCAGGUCGAUACUACGUGGCCUCUGCCGUAACUCUCAUCGCCAACGUCACAUCCAAACGCAUCAUUCGGAACGCUCAAGGUGACAUCGUAGACAUCAUGUACUAUCUGAACGAUGGCCUGUUCGGUUCGUUCGAUUGGAUCAAUCCCCGCCAAUACCCACCGCAAAUCAUCCCCGGCAAUCCGCAACUGGUCCGCUCCCAGGAGCUUUUCUCUUCCACCUUGUGGGGUCCCACCUGUGAUUCAAUGGAUGUCAUCAUGACUGGUGCGCGGAUGGAGGAAGUGCAAAUCGGAGAUUUCCUCCUAUUCGACGACAUGGGAGCCUACGGCACCACUCUGGCAACUAAAUUCAAUGGCUUCUCCAUGCCCAAGGAGCUUCCGUACAUUAGUCGAUCGGUGUGGCUGCAACUAGGCCUCGCCAAACCUAGAACGAAACUACGUAAGAUGGGAGUAUAGGAACGCUACUGGAUAACAAUGCUGCUACUUAAAUAGUUUUUUUUUCAUUCCUUAGAAUAUUUAUAACCAUUUACAAUUCGCUUGGUCACGCGAGAAUACUGUGAACACAUACCUACAUUGUGAUGCUGCAAUUAUUCACUAAUGUUAAUUACCUAGUAACGUGAAAAGUACAGUUUUCGGUUCAACAAAAGCGCUACAUAUUUAUUAUCAACUCAUGAACGGCAAAAGCUCCUGUUAUCUAUUUAUGGAAAAUCAAUUUAGGCUUAUGUUACAAAACACCUUAGGAAAAUAUAUCUAGUAUUAUGAA